UAUUGAAAAAAGUAGAUAGUGAUGGUUCCGACCUUUCUAAAACACUGCAGUAGUGGGUGGUAAGAGAAGAGGAGGAAAAAGAUAGAUAACGAUGGAGAAGAAGAGGGAGUGGAAGGUAUGCGUCACCGGCGGUGGCAGCUUCAUUGGUUCUUACCUCGUUAACAAGCUUCUCCAAAAGGGCUACACUGUCCACGCAACCCUUAGAAGCUUAAAGGACGCAAAGACAGGCAUUCUGAGAGGGUUUCCAGAGGCAAAAGAAAAGCUGGUGUUAUUUGAGGCAGAUUUGUACAGUCCACAUCAAUUUGAGGCUGCAAUUCAAGGCUGUGACUUUGUCUUUCACCUUGCUACUCCCUACCAACAUCAACCACACUCUAAGCAGUAUAAGGGUGUAGCUGAAGCUGCAACAGAAGGGGUAAAAAGCAUAGUUGCGCAAUGCAUAAAAACAGGAACAGUUAGACGGCUGAUUUACACAGCAUCAGUUGUAGCUGCUUCUCCGCUGAAGGAGGAUGGAAGUGGUUACAAACAUUCCAUGGACGAAUCUUGUUGGACCCCUCUCAACGUUUCAUUUCCAGGCAGCAAUCUUCAUAAGAGCUACACCGAUGCGAAGACACUGGCUGAGAGGCAGUUACUGAGUUAUGAAAAUGGAAGAACAAUGGAAGUUGUAAGCCUGGUUUGUGGGCUUGUGGGAGGGGACACUCUGCUCAGUGAAAUUCCUUUGAGUGUGUCAAUGCUAAUCUCUCAGAUAAAAGGCAAUAAUGAUGAGUUCCUUUACCAAUCUUUGAAAUACUUAGAGGACUUGAAUGGAAAAAUUCCAAUUGUUCAUGUUGAUGAUGUCUGUGAAGCUCACAUCUUCUGCUUAGAAACCCCAUCCAUCACUGGCAGAUUCUUGCUUGCAAAUUCCUUUGCUUCUUCAUCUGAUCUUGCAAGUUAUUAUUUCCAAAACUAUCCGGAAUUCCACUUCAACACCAAGUAUCUCGAAGGAGAGAAACGAGAAAUUGAAUGGGGAUCAAGGAAGCUUAGAGACAAAGGAUUUGUGUACAAGUAUGAACUGAAUAUGAUAUUGGAUGAUUGCAUCAAAUGCGCAAAACGGAUGGACCAGCUUUGAUCUACCCUAAACAUUACACUCAUAUUUGUGUUAUAUGAAAAUACGCAAUAUUAAAUAAAUAUCUCUGUCCUUUUCCAUUUGUAUGUAUUCUUCAUCUUUGAU